AUGUGGGAUGAAGACUACAACAUCAACACCGUCGAUAGAGUGGAGGAGAGGACGGCAGGAGAGAAGGAGCGCGACUGUCAAGUAGAAAUUUGUGAAGUGGACACCGUUAAUGGCGAUAGUGAAGUCCUGGUCGAAUCUAACUUCGAGAGUAUCAACUCCUACAGAGUUAACCCUCGAUAUGUUAAGGAGGACGAGACUUGG